GUCAGUGUAUGGAAAUUGUCACAGUGGCAAGAUGGCUACGGAACCAAAUAAGACUGAAAUCCUAACUAUUUUCAAACGAUUGAGAUCCGUCCCGACCAACAAGGCAUGCUUUGACUGUGCAGCCAAAAACCCGAGCUGGGCGAGUAUUCCUUAUGGUGUGUUCUUGUGCAUUGACUGCUCAGGCAUCCACCGCUCCCUGGGAGUGCAUCUCAGCUUCAUCAGGUCCACCGAGUUAGACUCCAACUGGAACUGGUUUCAGCUCAGAUGUAUGCAGGUUGGAGGCAACGCCAAUGCUACGGCAUUCUUCCGCCAGCACGGCUGCUCCACAAACGACACCAACGCCAAGUACAACAGUCGUGCAGCCCAGAUGUACCGGGAGAAGAUUCGACAGCUAGCUAACACGGCACUCUCCAAAUAUGGGACAGACCUGUGGAUCGAGUCUUCUGUGGGAAGCGCUCCUGCAGCUCCAGAGAAAAAAGAGACAGACUUUUUUGCUGAACACACACAGCCUGCUAAUGAUUGGAACAUGGCGCCUUCCCCCCAGCCAUCAGAGCAGAAUGGAGCCUCCAUCACCCCACAGCUGACCGACGUAACGGUCAAGAGCCAGGAAGACAACGCUCCAGAAGAUGGACCGAGCAUUGAUGGCCUGAGCACGUCACCCAAAGCCUCGAUUGACGACUCCAUGCGUUUGUCAUCACACAUUGGACAGACAUCCACAGAGGUGAAGCCAUCCAUUAUUGGAAAAAAGAAGCCCAUGGCUGCUAAAAAAGGGCUCGGUGCUAAGAAGGGGCUGGGGGCUCAGAAGGUGAGCAGUAAGAGUUUCUCUGAGGUGGAGAAGCAGGCCCAGGUAGCUGAGAAGCUGAGAGAGGAGCAGGCUGCUGAGGCCAAGAAACAAGCAGAGGAGUCCAUUGUGGCCUCGAUGCGUCUAGCCUACAAGGAACUGGAGAUCGACCGGAAGGUGGAGGAGAAGAAGCUGCAGAACCUGGAAGGAAAGAAAAGAGAGCAGGCAGAGAGGCUGGGGAUGGGCUUUGGAAACAGGAGUGCCGUGUCUCACUCGGUGAUGUCAGAGAUGCAGGUGAUUGAGCAGGAGACUCCUGUGGGUGCCAAGUCCUCCUCUCGUUCUAAACUGGACAUGUUUGAUGAGCCGGGAUUCACCUCCGGACCCCCAAAGUACAAGGACAACCCCUUUACAGUGGGAGACAGUUUUGGGUCUCGGUGGGACACUGAGGGAGGGACGGCCUCCUUCACCACUUCCUGGGCUCUGGAGAAAGAAGACCCCAAAGAGGAGGUCACCAUCUCGAGUAUUCAGCCAAUCGGAGAGAGACUUCCCAACAGAAGAAAAGCCGAGGUGUCCACUCCAGUGUCAGAGUCCAGUGAGGCCAGGCAGAAGUUUGCAAACGCCAAGGCGAUCUCCUCAGACAUGUUCUUUGGUCGUGAGAGCAGUGCAGAGUAUGAUGCAAAGACAAAGCUGGAGAACUUGUCUGGAAGCACCUCCAUCAGUUCAGCUGACCUGUUUGGAGACGGCAGUGACCACAAAGGGAGGGCCUCAGGCUUCGACAGCGUGCUCCCCUCUGGACCAGACAUUGCACAGUUCAAACAAGGAGUGAAGACUGUAGCUGGCAAGAUGGCCGUCCUCGCCAACGGAGUCAUGAAUACAAUCCAGGACCGUUAUGGCUCUUACUGAUCAGCCCCAACGACUCGCUGGGAGAUCCAACCUGUGGGAGAUCCAACCGACUCCUGUAGAGCCAACCAGCCUCCUGACUGACACAUGAUGAGCGAAAGCGUGACCAGAGCUGCAGAAAGGAUUGCAUGGGCAAAAGAAAUGGUCCUUCUCGCUCGUCCUCCUCUUCUAGAGACAUUUUUCCAGGAGUGAGACAGUAUUUUCUCCUCUCAUUCUCAUCGGCAGACUUUUAUUUUCGUAAUGGAAACCAUCAAAGGGUGUAAUCUUUUCUAAAAGCAGAGUUAUGUUGUAAUUUUUUGGUCUUAGUUUUCAAAAUGACUUCAGAGUUAAUUCUACUAUAUUUUAUUCCUUCUAAAGAAAUCAAAGUGUUGUUUUUGAUUAUUAAUAUCAAACACUUCUGGUUUAUUUCUUUUUUGUUUGUUUUAUUGUGAUAUUAAAAACAGGUGCCGUAUAUAUUUUAAAGUUUUCAAUGUUAAUUUGAACAAAAAUCCACAAUGUUUGCAUUCAGUGUUCAACUGCUGUUCCCUCACAGUCGAGUUCAUCAACAGGUUAUUUUUUAUUUUACAUAAAGCACUGACAGCCAACUGUCCUCAAUGUUUCAGAUCAUUUAUGAGCUGGAAUUAUGAGUCUCUGUCUGAAGAAGAUUCAUUCAUGUGGAGCAUCAGAUUCAUGAUGUCAAAGCUGCUAUUUCUACUUGACUUUUAACAAUGCUUUAAAGGAAUUCAACCAUCUAGAAAUGUGUGCAGUAUUUUAACAUAUUUUGGGUUUUAGAUAUCUGGCAGGUUGUUUGCAGUUUAAGUCACGUUGCUGCCAAGAUCUGCAGAAGUGAUUUCUGCAUAGAGAAGCUUUAUAAAAAAAGGCAGAGUUUGGUGCUGUUUACAGCUGGGCCCAUCUGGUCGACUCAGAAAAUAAAACAAACUGAAGCUACUUUUGAGUCCCAAACACAUGAAGGAAAAAAGUUUAAAAAGCUCACAGAGAAACAACAAGCCCCUCUCUGAGGUUUUGAGAGGCGGAGUCAGACAAGGUAUGGCCCAUUUCCACCAAGCAGUCCAGUUUUGUUUAAUGCAGUUUGUCUUAGUAAACCCUGAUCCUUA